GGAGCUCUCCAGCCGGGGGCUGCGAGGAAAGCUGUAGGUUCGCGAGGCAGGCUGGCUGAGCCGAGCGAGGGAAAUGGUCCCCGCUCCGCCACUCGCCGGUUGAGGACGGGCGGCCCUGGCAGAGUGGCAGGCCAGCCGCGGCGCUCGGCGCCGGCCAGAAGGGGUAUAUUGUCGUCCCGUCUUGCUGCUGAAUGUCGGUUCCAGAGGAUGAGGAGAGGCUUUUGCCGCUUGCCCAGAGAUGGCCCCGAGCGAGCAAGUUCCUCCUGUCAGGCUGCGCGGCUACCGUGGCCGAGCUAGGGGAACUAUCAGCAAGAUAUUUUUUCCAAAGACCAGUGCAACCUUUCCCCUCGAUCUCAUAAAAACUCGGCUCCAAAUGCAAGGAGAAGCUGCCCUUGCUCGGUUGGGAGACAGUGCAAGAGAAUCUGCUCCCUAUAGGGGCAUGGUACGCACAGCCCUAGGGAUUAUUCAAGAAGAAGGCUUUCUAAAGCUUUGGCAAGGAGUGACACCUGCCAUUUACAGACACAUAGUGUACUCCGGAGGCCGCAUGGUCACUUAUGAACAUCUUCGUGAAGUUGUAUUUGGCAAAAGUGAAGAUAAGCAUUAUCCUCUUUGGAAAUCAGUAAUUGGAGGUAUGAUGGCUGGUGUUGUUGGCCAAUUUUUAGCCAACCCAACUGAUCUAGUGAAGGUUCAGAUGCAAAUGGAAGGAAAAAGGAAACUUGAAGGAAAACCUUUGCGAUUUCGUGGUGUGCAUCAUGCAUUUGCAAAAAUCUUAUCUGAAGGAGGAAUACGUGGGCUUUGGGCAGGCUGGGUACCCAAUAUACAAAGAGCAGCACUGGUGAAUAUGGGAGAUUUAACCACUUAUGAUACAGUGAAACACUAUUUGGUACUGAAUACACCACUUGAGGACAAUAUCAUGACUCAUGGUUUAUCGAGUUUAUGUUCUGGACUGGUAGCUUCUAUUCUGGCAACCCCUGCUGAUGUCAUCAAAAGCCGAAUAAUGAAUCAACCACGAGAUAAACAAGGAAGGGGACUUUUGUAUAAAUCAUCAACUGACUGCUUGAUUCAGGCUGUUCAAGGAGAAGGAUUCAUGAGUCUAUAUAAAGGCUUUUUACCAUCUUGGCUGAGAAUGACCCCUUGGUCACUGGUGUUCUGGCUUACUUACGAAAAAAUCAGAGAGAUGAGUGGAGUCAGUCCAUUUUAAGCCCUUAAAGAUCCAGCCCUUAAAGAUACAGUGUUCAGUAUCAUUGAAAUAUGGGCAUCUACAACACACACCCCUAUUAUUUCUACCUCUUUAGGAAGACACCUCACUCCACAGAGACUGUGAUUUAUAGGGGGCAGCACUUUAUUUUUCUCUGGAAACCCAAGUUCUCUUUGACUCCUCUUUUUGUUUAAAAGCAAUCUGGUUGGAUUACACAAGGCCACCUAAUGAGACCCGGCACAGAAUUUUCAAGAAGAUUUGAAUCCUGAGCACUUAUCUUGGGCGAGAAGAUUUGACCUUUGAGAUGCUAUUCUAUGCUGAGGAGCCUACUUAGAGAAGUGCCAAAAGGGAGACAGCAUCUCAGACCUGAAGUAGACAAUAGGAAUCUGGAAGAAUACAUACAUACGUAGUGAUUCAGAAAUAUAUUUAAACUGUUGUCAGUAUUUUCAAUUGAAAUUUGAUGAUUCCUUUUUCUGUUGUUAAAGUGCACAUACUGUAAAUUAAAGGGAGGUGAAUGAAAAUUCAUGAAUAAACAUUUUGAAUUUCCCUA